AUGAUUAUUAAGAGAGGUUUGAAUUUCUCCCGUCUCAUAAAAGAAGCUUCUAAAUUAAUACAUGGAAGACAAUAUAUAGAUCACUAUUGGUAUUUGAAAUCAAAGUAUGAUAAUCUUAUAACAAUAGUCCAGAGUCACUUUAACCUAUUAUAGAUAAUGAAACAAAAAUAAAAAACACAUUUUUUGAGUAACCUUAAAUAAAAGAAAUAUUUGAUGAUUAUUAUUAAGUAUCUUAAGGUAGAAAGGAUGGAAGAACACAUAAUAUUCCUGAGUUAUAUGAUGAAUAUGAAUAUAAUGGAAGAUUUGCAUAUUUUGAUUCAGGAAACAAUUAUUAGAUAAUUGAAAGAUCUCUUAAAGAAGGUGAGAAAGAAGUAGUAUUAGACUUAAAAAAAAUUUAAUUUUUGAAAUAAUAUCAAGCAACUUUAAAGUUAACAAAGUUAAAGAUUUCAGAUGAUCAUAAAUUAAUAGCAUUUGGAAUUGAUUUAUUAAAUAAUGAAGAUGUUGUUUGGUUUAUGAAAUAUAUAGAUGAUGAAAGAGUAUUGAGGACAAAAUUAUCUGAUUGUUUUGAUGCAGCUUUUACUAAGGAUAAUAAGCAUUUAAUAUAUACUUAAUAUGAUGAUAAAUUCAGACCUUAUAAAUUGAUGUUACAUAAGUUGGGAACAACUUAAGAAGAAGAUGAAUUAUUAUUUGAAGAGAAAGAUGAACAAUUUUAUUUAGAUUUACAAUAAACCAAAGAUGGAAAAUAUUUUGUUUUGUUAAGUUAGACAAAGUAAAGUAACGAAGUGAUUUUGAUAGAUCGUGAAGAUCCUAAGAAAUUAUAACUCUUGUUUUCAAGAAAAGAAAAUGCAAUUAAUUUAGUUCAUCAUCAUGAAGAACAUGGAUUAUACAUAUUGACUAAUAAAAACAAUUAUGAUUAUAAAGUAUUAAAAUAAGAAGGUGAUAAAUUUGUAGAUUUCUAUUGUCCUUAAUAAGGAGAAGUAUUAUAAGAAGUAGACUUAUUUCACAAGCAUUUAGUAUUAUACUACACUAAAGAAAGUGAAAGUUUUAUUAAAGUUAUUUCAUUGUAAGAUAAAGUAAUUUUUAAUAUAAUCAUUCCACCAUCAUUGGUAUAUACAAAUGAUCAAAAAAAUACAAAAAAUAUGUUGAGAAAUAUUUACGAUAGAGUUAUAAAAAAAGAUAAGUCUCAAUAUUUUAUGAAUUAGAAAAUUUAAAAUGAAGUAUUAGGAGCUACAAUAGAACCUGGUAUUAAUCAUAAUUACAAGAGUGGUGUAUUUUAGUUUCAUCUCAGUACACCAUUGGUAUAUGAUUAAGUUUACCAAUACAAUCUAUCAAAUAAAUAGUUAUCUAAACUUUAGGAUUUUAGUCUUACAGGUAAAACAUUCAAAAGAGAAGAAUUUACUUGCACUAGAUAUUAUGCUCCAAGUAAAGAUGGCACUGAAAUUCCAAUCACUUUAGUACAUCAUAAAGGUUUGUAAAAGAAUAGACAGAACAAAUUGCUUUUACAUUCUUAUGGUGCCUAUGGUCUUCCAUAAGAAAUACCUUUCAAUAUAGUACAACUAAAUGCUUUAGAAAAGGGUUGGACUUUAGCCUAUGCUCAUAUUAGAGGUGGAUAUGAAAGAGGAUAAGAUUGGCAUAGAUAAGCAAUUUUGGAAAAUAAAAUAAAAAGCAUAGAAGAUUUACUUGGAUGUGCUGCUUAUCUAAUAGCAGAAGGAUAUACUCAUCCCUCAUUAUUAUGCGGAUUAGGAGCAUCUGCUGGAGCUACAACUUUGGGAGCAGCUAUAAAUAUGAGACCUGAUAUUUGGAAAUGUGCAAUAUUACUCUCACCUUUUUUAGAUGUCUUAGGAUCUUUAUUAGAUGAAAAUCUACCAUUAACAAAAUCAGAUUAUUUGGAAUUUGGUAAUCCAAAUGAUAAAAAAAUAUUCGAUACCAUUUUGAGUUAUUCUCCUUAUGAAAAUUUAAAAAAAUAAGUUUAUCCAGCAAUUUAUAUAAGUGCUGGUACUGGAGAUUUUAGAGCUCCUUUGUGGAAUGUAUUAAAAUACACAGAAAAAUUAAAAUAGAUUGCUAUAAAGUCUAAAAAAGUAGAAACGAUUGGAGAUCAUCCUCUUAUUAUUGAUAUUAAUGAUGGUGGACAUUCUGGAGGAGCUGGAGUAUUAAUUUUCAUACUAUUUAGGUUUAAUCAUUUAUUGAAGAACAAACUAGAUAUAUGACAUUUCUGGAUUAUUAUGUUGGUAUUGGUAAUAAGGAAAUUACAAAGAAGAGUCUUACUUAAGAUAUUGAUGAGUCUAUAUAAUUAGCAGAUGAGGAGGAUAAGAUUUAGAAAUAUUGA